UGUUAAUAGUCUGUGGUGGUAAUUUUCGCUUUGUAAUCUCAAUAAGUUGUAAAUUGGAACUGAAGUAUUUAUUUUAAAAUUCAGUAAACUUGGGAACUUGUGGAAUUGACUCAAAAUGGGUCAAAAUCAAUCAGGUGGAGGUGGUGACAAAAAAGAUGACAAAGACAAGAAGAAGAAGUAUGAGCCUCCGAUCCCUACACGAGUUGGUAAAAAGAAAAGGAAAGCUAAGGGACCAGAUGCGGCUCUCAAGCUUCCGCAAGUCACGCCUCAUACAAGAUGUCGACUCAAGUUGUUAAAACUCGAAAGAAUAAAGGACUAUUUGUUGAUGGAAGAGGAGUUCAUCCGUAAUCAAGAACGCUUGAAGCCACAGGAAGAGAAAAUUGAAGAAGAAAGGUCUAAGGUUGAUGACCUAAGAGGAACUCCAAUGUCAGUUGGUAAUCUUGAGGAAAUCAUAGAUGACAAUCAUGCAAUAGUGUCGACUUCAGUUGGCAGUGAACAUUAUGUUAGCAUUCUCUCCUUUGUUGACAAGGAUCAGCUUGAACCUGGAUGCUCUGUGUUACUGAAUCAUAAGGUGCAUGCAGUUGUUGGCGUUUUGGGUGAUGACACGGAUCCCAUGGUGUCAGUCAUGAAGCUUGAAAAGGCUCCACAGGAAACCUAUGCUGACAUUGGUGGCCUGGACACCCAGAUCCAGGAAAUCAAGGAAUCUGUGGAGUUGCCUCUAACACAUCCGGAAUACUAUGAAGAAAUGGGAAUCAAACCUCCCAAAGGAGUCAUCUUGUACGGUCCUCCGGGCACUGGUAAAACACUCCUGGCCAAGGCUGUUGCAAACCAGACAUCUGCUACCUUCCUACGUGUUGUUGGAUCUGAACUUAUACAAAAAUAUUUGGGUGAUGGUCCCAAGUUGGUUCGUGAACUGUUCCGUGUUGCUGAGGAACAUGCACCUUCAAUUGUUUUCAUUGAUGAAAUUGAUGCAGUGGGCACUAAACGUUAUGAUUCAAACUCUGGUGGUGAAAGGGAAAUUCAAAGGACCAUGUUGGAAUUAUUGAAUCAACUUGAUGGUUUUGAUUCAAGAGGAGAUGUGAAGGUGAUCAUGGCCACAAACCGUAUAGAAACUUUAGACCCGGCACUUAUCCGACCAGGUCGUAUUGAUAGGAAAAUUGAAUUCCCCUUGCCUGACGAGAAAACCAAGAGAAGGAUUUUUACCAUUCAUACAUCAAGAAUGACAUUAGCUGAUGAUGUGAACUUGUCUGAACUUAUUAUGUCAAAAGAUGAUCUUUCUGGUGCUGAUAUUAAGGCAAUAUGUACUGAAGCUGGUCUCAUGGCACUUAGAGAGCGCCGUAUGAAAGUAACAAAUGAGGACUUCAAGAAAUCAAAGGAAAGUGUCCUAUACCGCAAGAAGGAAGGCACACCAGAAGGACUUUAUUUAUAAAUGUAUUCAAUUAUGUUCAAUGAUUUAUUAAAAUACGAACUUAAUAAACGAAAGCUUUUUUU